AUGACAAUAGCCCCCGUGCUCGUCGCUGCUGAGCCUGCGGCACGCCCGGACGACGAUAAAGACCUGCAGAACUGGUCCUCGCUCAUAGGCAUCAUCACCGCAAUCGUUGGCAAUGUCCUCAUCGCCCUCGCCCUCAAUGUCCAGCGUUACGCCCACCUUCGACUCCACCGAGAGCGCAUCCGCGUCCGGCGGCGAGCGAGAGAGGCCCUGAAACAUGCGCCGGGCGGAGUCCAGACAGGGCCGUACGGUACUGUUGGCGGUGGAGAAGCAGGAGACACGGAUGCGCGCCGCGACGGUGUCAACCACCACGCGGGUGACGAUGGCGACGACUCCGCGCCUUUGACGAGAUCCUUCCGCUCCGAGGAGUCAGCUGGUUCCGACUACUCUGGCGACGACGACAAAACCCCCUCCACGUACCUCAAGUCGCCCUACUGGUGGGCUGGCCAAAUCCUCAUUACCCUUGGCGAGCUGGGCAACUUUUUGGCCUAUGGUUUCGCGCCCGCCUCCAUCGUCUCCCCUUUGGGAGUCGUCGCGCUGAUAUCCAACUGUGUCAUCGCGCCGAUCUUAUUCAAGGAGAAGUUCAGGCAACGCGACUUCUGGGGUGUCAUCAUCGCUGUGGCCGGAGUUGUUGUCGUCGUUCUGAGCGCCAAGCAGGAGGAGACGAAACUCGACCCCGGCGCUGUGUGGGACGCGAUCACGACGUUGGCCUUCGAGAUAUACCUUGCAGUGACGAUAUCCUUGAUUGUUGUCCUCAUGUGGGCGAGCCCAAGAUACGGCCAUCGGACCAUUUUGAUUGACCUUGGUCUUGUCGGACUCUUUGGUGGCUUCACAGCUCUGUCCACCAAGGGUGUGUCCUCAAUCCUGUCGACCACCCUCCUGGGCGCAUUCAAAACCCCGGUUGCUUGGGCGCUACUCUUCAUACUUCUCUUUACCGCGGUCAUGCAGGUGCGCUACGUCAACAAGGCGCUGCAGAGGUUCAGCUCGACGCAGGUCAUUCCCAUUCAGUUUGUUCUGUUCACGCUCUGCGUCAUCGUUGGUAGUGCCGUUCUGUAUCGUGACUUCGAGAGGACAUCCGCCGAACAGGCAGGCAAGUUUAUUGGGGGUUGCCUGCUCACUUUUUUUGGUGUCUUUCUCAUUACCAACGGUCGUGUCGAGGAAGAUGUCGAGGAUGGCAUGUCCGACACUGAUGGCGUCGAGGAGACGAUCGGCUUGGCCGAGCAAGACGGUUAUAGCCCCACGCAGCCACUGGCGCCUUCAUCCAUCUCAGUCCCAUCCUCGAGAUCACGCCGCUCCUCUCGGGCUUCCAACGGAGGGCACCUAAACAAUGGGUCGAAACAGUUCAGUAUGCAACACGACUCGGGAAUCCCCACACUUCGCGUUCCCGCAGCUGCGACGAUAUCUGACGACUCUAUUCAUACGUUCCCUGGCUUCGGCUCCCCGCCGUCGGAGCCAGCAACGCCAUACUAUGACGGCCAACUGCAGCCCAAGUAUCCCACAGAUACAAGACCGGUCACACCGCGCACAUCGUUGCCGAACAGACCUCACAGCCACCAAUAUCCAGGCCCUAUCUUCUCUCCAUCCCCACUCUCGUCCACUGUGAGCGCCGUGGUCAAGGACACACUUCUUAGGAGCGCAGAAAGUCCGCUGCUGCGCAGGCCUUCGGUGCGGAGGUUGCGCUCGAGCAUCAGGGCCAGUCUCUUCAUGUCCGAGAACAGCGAGGGCCCGGACGGCGAUGCCGAGAGACAGGACCUAAUGGGUGGAGGGAUUGACUACGGAGACGGAGGCGUUGCCGAGCGUAGUCGGACAGCGGGCGAAGGUGCUUCCAGAGGGCCCCAGACGGGAAGACCCCGAAGCCUGAGCGACACGCUAGGAGGGUUAUUUAGGUCGAAGAGGAACAGGAGGGAUGCCAACACCGACCCCGGGGAGAACUUAUAA